UUCUAAUCAUGGAGAAAUAUAAGCCCUAUAUAUUCAUGGUUAUUGUGCAGACUGCUUAUGCUGGUCUCAUCAUAAUCUCUAAGGCUGCCCUAAAUAAUGGAUUAAGUUGUUUUGUUCUGGUGUUUUACAGGCAUGUGGUUGCUUCUGUGCUUCUGGCUCCUCUUGCAUAUUUCCUUGAAAGGAAGACUCGGCCAUCCAUCACCAUUUACAGCUCCUGCAUGAUUUUCUUGCUUGCUCUAUGUGGGACAACUAUCCAACAAAAUCUCUACUUGGCAGGACUGAAAUAUGCUUCUCCAACAUUUGGAUCUGCGUUAGGGAAUGUCAUUCCUGCAAUGACCUUUGUCAUGGCUGUUUUGUUCAGAUUGGAAAAAGUUAGGAUCAAAACCCGGGCAGGACAAGCAAAGGUUUUGGGUACCUUGAUCUGCACAAUUGGAGCAUUAGUUAUGACUGUGUACAAGGGUUCUGUUAUACCCAAGCUCUGGUCUCCUCCUAUUCAUCAAAAGCACCAUCUUAAUAAAGUUCACGAGGAUUGGAUAAAAGGUUCUAUUCUAAUGAUGACCAGCUAUAUUGCAUGGUGCACAUGGUUUAUUCUUCAGGCUAAAAUCAUAAAGUUUUAUCCGGCUCAAAUGUCACUGAUAACGUUGAUGUGUUUUGCUGCCUCACUGCAAUCAGGCGUGGCAGCCUUAAUUUUUGAACGAAAGCUUUCUGCCUGGGCUUUGGGCUGGAACCUUCAACUAUUGACUGUUGUCUAUGCUGGAAUAGUGAUUUCAGUGCUUGCAUACUGCAUGCAAAUGUGGUGCAUCGGCAAAAAAGGGCCAGUUUUUGUAGCUAUGUUCUCUCCUGUAGUCUUGCUAAUAGUUGCCAUUUUGUCACCUGCUGUUCUAGAUGAACAACUGUAUUCUGGAAGUCUAGAAGGAGGGAUUUUGGUUGUUGUAGGUCUUUAUACAGUGCUAUGGGGGAAGAAGAGGGAUAUGAAGGAUGAUGGUAAGCUGCUACCAAUGGAAAGUCUACCAGAAAGUAUCUCAAAUGAGGUCAAACAAGGAUCCAUGCAAUCAAAGGAAAGAGAGCAUAUAAAUAUCAUAUGAAUGCAGAUUUGGCCUAUUUCAAAGGAGCAUUAGAUGAUGCUACAG